ACAGAGUUACAUCAGAAUCAAUGACUGGACAAACUGGACAGAGGCUCGUAGAUACUGCAGAGAUCAUUACACAGAUCUCGUCAAUGUGAGAAAUCAGACUGAGAACCAGAGGAUCCUUGAGACAGCAGGUGGAAGAGUCUGGAUCGGCCUGUACAGAAACAGGAUUUGGUCUGAUCAUCAGAUUACCAGUUACGAAAACUGGAGGCCUUACUCUUCUGAUUCGGUGGGACAACCAGAUAAUGGUGAAGGUUAUGCUCAAACAACUGUGGCAAAAUAUGGUUUUCAGCACUGUACUGCUGUAUCAUUUAGCCAUUCAGGCCGAUGGACAGAUGAGGUCUGCAUAUCCAGAAUCCCUUUCUUCUGCUACAGCAGAAACUGCACACAGUCUUCAUGCACCCGUCAGUAUCACUUUGUGUCUGAGUCUAAAACCUGGACUGAAGCUCAGAGUUACUGCAGACAGAACUACACUGAUCUGGCCACCAUUGAUAACAUGGAGGAAAUGAACAGACUGAUUAAAACAGUGCGUGGGACUUUCUAUGGCUUAGCUUGGAUUGGUCUGUAUGAUGAUCUGAACAGCUGGAGAUGGUCACUGGAUAAUACAACAUUAGAUGGAGGUUACAAAAGAUGGUAUGUUUCGCAACCACUGAACUCAGGUGGAAACAGUCUAUGUGUAUACUUGUUAAACACCCAGGGAACAUGGAUUGAAAGGCCUUGCGACGUUGAACUUCUCUUUGUUUGCUAUGAUGGAAGAGUGAACGCUAGUACAAGUUAUGUAUUUAUUGAACAGUCCAAAUCCUGGAGUGAAGCUCAGAGUUACUGCAGAGAACAUCACACAGACCUCGCCAGUAUCAGGAAUGAGGAUGAAAACUACAGGAUUCGGACAAUACUUUCAUAUUAUUCGGUUGUUUGGAUUGGACUGUACAGAACCAGAUCUUGGUCAGAUCAGAGCAACUCUUCUUUCAGUAACUGGAGAACAGGACAGCCAGAUAAUGCUGGAUUCUGUGAAUACUGCACUGCAGUGUCAUUUAGUGACUCAGGAAGCUGGACAGAUGAAAAUUGCAACAUUGCAUUCCCUUUCAUCUGCUACAGUGGAUUGGCAUCUUCCCGCCAGUAUUACUUUGUGUCUGAAAACAAGACCUGGACUGAAGCUCAGAGAUACUGCAGACAGAAUUACUUUGAUCUGGCCACCAUUGAUAACAUGGAGGAAAUGAACAGCCUGAUUAACACAGUUAAUGGGAGUUACAAUGGUUCAGCCUGGAUUGGACUGUAUGAUGAUGUGAACAGUUGGAGAUGGUCACUGGAAGACAAUGAUUUCUACCAGGAAGGAGAGAGAGAUUUCAGAAACUGGUAUCAUCAACCAGACAACAAUGGUGGGAAAGAACUGUGUGUUUUCAUGAAUGGUGAUGGGAAAUGGGUUGAUUCACCAUGUGACUAUUACAACACAUUUGUCUGCUAUGAUGAUAGAGUAAAUGCCUCUCAAAGGUAUGUUUUGGUACGUGACAGCAAGACCUGGAGUGAAGCUCAGAGAUACUGCAGAGAGAAAUACACAGACCUGGCCAGUGUGAGGAAUGAGGAAGAGUAUCAGCAAAUACUGACCAUUACAAGUGCUUGUGUUUAUGACAAUUGUUUUGUUUAUACUAUAUGGAUAGGUCUGUAUAGAAACAGACUGUGGUCAGAUCAGAGUAGCUCUUCUUUCACAUACUGGCUCCCAUGGGCACGAGUAGAAUACGCACAACCAGAUAAUGGUGUAAAUGUCCUAGGAAUGUUUGGUAUGCAACACUGCACAGCUGUGUCUUUAAACAACUUUGGCCAGUGGUCAGAUGAGAGCUGCAUUGUCAGUUUGCCUUUCUUCUGUUACAGUGCAUUUCAAGGCAAACUGUCAGAUGAGUAUGUGGUGGGAAUGCAAGUGAAAGUUACAAGUGUGGAAAGUUUUUCCCAUUCCCAGAUUGAAGAGCUUGUGAUUAUAAAGUUACAAGAGCAGCUGGUUAGACUUGGACUUCCUGAAAAUGUCACCAUGCAUUUGAGAGGCUACCGUAAAAUCAAUCCCUGAUGGAAGACGACAGCACUUUCCAGUUGUCAAUAUUUACUCAAUAAAGGAUGAAUACUACAAUCUAUUUAACACAUUUUAAAUAAAUGGGUUUCAUGAGUAUACAGUGCUAUAAAGCUAUACAUAGCUUAAUCAAUACAUUUAAAAUGUAAAGGCAAAGCAGGUUAAACAAUUA